CGUGCUUGUCUGUAAUGUUACUUUAUUUCCCUGUGAAUGGAAAUUAGAAUUAUACUCGAACACGAGUUUCGCCGACGCCCAUUUUCGUUGCCAAAGUUAGGAAUCGUCAGACAGGCUUGAUAAAUUUCCACGUCAAAAACUAGACAUUAAUCUGCUAAAUAGGAACACGUUCCUUAUAAGGAUGGAUUCCGCUAGUGUUUACAUGUAGAUUUGAGUGGGUCUUAAUUAUUUUUCCUGUCUUGGAGUUAAGAGAGUAAAGCAAUAGAAGUAAGGAAGAGAUGGGGAGAGUCAUCACCACUGUAGCUUGCGUAAUCUUCCAGAUAAGUUAUGCAAUUGGACAGUUGCAGCCAUUUUGUGAAGAUCCUGCGGACAGAGGGCACUGUAACAAGUUAGAACUGCGAUACCGAUUUAACGAGGACAGUGAAUACUGCGAGACGUUCUUGUAUGGAGGUUGUGGCGGAAAUAAAAAUAAUUUCAAAACCGUCGGCGAAUGCGCAAAAGCAUGCGUGGAUGAACCAAAGGGAUCAAUAUGCGAGUUCCCACCUGAUGCCGGCUCGUGUUUCCACGCCACUCUCCUGCGCUAUUAUUAUGACGAAGAGACGGAAAGUUGCAAGAUAUUUUAUUACAGUGGUUGUCAAGGAAACGAAAAUAAUUUCUUGACGGGAGAGGCCUGCAAGACAAAAUGCGAGGCGUUAACCAUUGAACCGUUACCUGCCGGAUCAAACCAAGGAUCUGGUUAUCAGUGGAAUGACCCUGGGAGUGGAAGUAACUCCGGAAAUAACUGGAACUCUCCAGCCCCCACCAAAAGUGUUAACUGGAAUAACCCCCGACCUACGAACGUGGUGAACCGAGGAUGGGGCAGUCAUUACAACAACAACAAUAAUAAUAAUAACAACCACAAUAACAAUGGACCACCAAAUAACCACCACAACUACAAUGGACCACCAAAUAACGGACCACCAAGGCAAGGACCGCCACCACAGUAUGACUUCAACAGUGGAAAUUCACACACCAGUAACCCUCACAACAAUAACAACCACCAUCAAAAUAACCAUAAUAACAACCAACAUAGAUAUAAUACACCAAAUCAUAACUAUAACCGAAACAAUAACCAGCAUUCAUCCCAUUCUACUCCUAAUGGGGGAGGAGGUAGUUCAUUAACUUUUGUAGAGAACGACCCAAAUAAUCAAAGACCCAAUAACCUUCCACCUGGGAUAAAGCCCCCGGAAAUGAGUGAAUACAAUGGUAACUCCCCCUGGGAUAGUGGAGGGUGGAAUAAGAAUGGUUGGAAUAGCAAUCCAAACCAUAACGUCAACAAUGGAAACUCUAACAAUGGUGGAAGCUCCUGGAGGUCCAACGAGUCUAGAGGUCCUCCCAACCAAGGCAAUAAUAACAACAAUGGUUGGAAUAAUCCGAAUAAUAAUAACAACCAAGGAGGAAGUGGGGGAGAUCCCUGGAAUCACUCAAUGUCUUUUAAAAGGAGAGUGGGAGCCCAGCAUAGUAAUCGUCAUUCAAAUAAUGCCGAUCCAUCAGCUGCUAACCAGCCGAACACCCAGGCGUCAUGGCAAGGUCAAUCAAAUGGAUCGCCAUGGGGUGGAUCUCAGUCAAAUAGCUGGAAUUCCAAUGGUGGACAAAACAACCAGUUUGGUCCGAUGUCCCCUGGAGCUCAUCUCAGGCGACGAUUCGAUGGGUUUACACCUCAUACAACCACUUUAGAGGAUGAUCACGUUUUCACUACUGCAACUCCACCGGAGACAACUCCGCCUUAUAAUUACAAUUAUAACCGACCAUCACAUGGCAGCGAUAAACACAGUCACAUCUAUAACUGGGAUAGCCCUCCAAAUCAACCACCAACUAACAGUCCUCCUAACACUGUACCGCAAACUUAUAACAAAAAUGACGCUCCACACCCUCUCCCAAACAGUGGUCAACCGUUUCCCCCAAAGAAGAGCAAUAACUUUCAAAACCAGCAUGUCAAACCACUUCCACCCGAACCAAGUUAUAAUUAUCAGAAGUUUGAUCAGAGCAAUUCAAACCAGAAAAAGACACCGAGAAGAAAGUUUGCACCGGACUGGCUUCAGUCAGAAGAGAGUUCUUCCAUUAACCAGCAGAGUCCGAAUCCCCCUACCACCACUCCAUUCCCCCAACCUCCACCAGCUCCUAGUAACAAUCUCCCUCUUCCGCAGAAAACUUCCUGGGACAACAUGUUUCGAAGAAAGAAGGAGAUGACAGCAGCCUUUAAGCAGGCAGAACCGACUCAGGUAGCAUCAUAUGAUUUCGAAGUUGGUUCAUCUAGUAAAUCAAAUGUCGACAGCGGAUUACAUCAAACACAUAGUCAAGAACAGACGGUUCAAACACACAAAAAUACACCACUGCAUCAAAAAGAAAACAUUGGUGCUUCAAAUGCAAACGUGAAUCAGUAUGAUUUUGAGGCAAAUACCAAAAAAGGAAAUAAACAAGAAAGUAAAAUACAACACCAUCAAACAGCAAACGUUCCUCAAAAUUCCAAUCAUAACAUUAACAGUUAUGAUUUCGAAGCAAAUUCAAAUGUUGCACCAGAAGUAUCUAGAUUUCGUAAAGAAGAAAAUUCUAAAUCAAACCAGGACUUUCGACGAGAAAAUGCCAGAAGAAUGUUUGAUAUGCACCUUAGGAAAGGUGAUACAACCAUUGGCAAUUCUCAGCAGCUAAGAGAUAACUUUCAACCAACAAAUGCCCCAGUCAAUUCUCAAAUGACAUCAUUCAAUAGUAUACAACAACACCCAUCUCGGGAAAAACAAUUAAGUAGAUCCGAAGGGAUCCAAAGCGAGAAAACAAAUAGUAAUUUUGAUAAUGCUUUAAAAUCGAAACAAAGCAAUCUACCAGGGUCUAGUAACGAUAGAUGGAAUAAUCCGGAUAAUAGUUUCGAUUCUUUCUUGAAGCCAAAAACGCAUGGAUCAACAUCUAGUUCAUCUAAUGAUAGAAAUUUCAACUCUUUUCUAAACUCUCAUAAAAAUGAUAUACCAAAGCCUGAAAAUUCUCAAGGGAAUGGGCUAAAAAGGAAUAGUGCCGAACAUAAUCCAGUUGACAACAUUAACCCUAACAACAACUUCGACGGUUUUCGCAGAAGAAAUACAAAAAACAUACCUAAUGGACAUGACUCAAAUAGAAACAGAGCUGAACAUAAUCCAAUUCAAAAUACUAAUCCCCAUAGCAAGUUCGACGAUUUUCGCCGAAGAAAUACAAAUGAUUUACCUAAUUUUGAAAGUUCUAAAGGACAUGAACCAAACACAAACAGUGCAGAACAUAAUCCAAUUCAAAAUGAUAAACCUAACAACAACUUUGAUGGUUUUCGCCGAAGAAAUACGAAUGAAAUACCGAUUUCUGAAAAACUCCAAAGACAUGAGCCAAAAGGAAGGAGUUUUGAACAAAAUCCCAUUCAACAUACUAGUCCACACAACAACUUUGACAGUUUUCGCCGAGGAAAUGCUAAUGAAAUACAAAAAUCUGAAAGUUCUCAUGGACAUGAUCCAAAAAGAAACAGUGCAGAUCAAUAUCCGAUUCAUAAUAAUAAUCAUCACAACAGCUUUGACGGUUUUCGCCGAAGAAAUACAAAUAAUAUACCGAAAACUGAAACAUUCCAAAGACAUGGGCAAAGUGGAAAGAGUCCUGGACAAAAUCCAAUUCAUAAUAUUGAUCCACACAACAGUUUCGACAGAUUUCGCCAAGCAAAUGGUCCCAGUUUUACAAACCACAGAGAUAAGAAAACUAUGCAUAAUGAGCAACAUACCUCAGAGUUCAACUCUAUUGGAGACAAAAAGCAGAAGCUUACAGAUAUGAGACAUGCAGAAAAUAGUAACUCUCAUUCUCAUGUAGAGCAAAGUCAUACACAAGUCCCAGGGCAGACUGAGCGACAUGUCUAUAAUUAUAGUAUGUUUCAAGAAACCAGUUCUUCUAAAUCAGAUCAGGACACAUCAGGUCCCAGAAACGUAUUUGAUUUAUCCGGAACACACACUGCUCAAUAUCAACCAACACAACCACCAACGAGACAAACUGUGUUGUCAGGUGGAAAUCAUUAUGCAGAGGUUUCACCUUCCCUAGGGCAAGGUCAAGCGCCAACUUCAAGACCUGGAUUUGGAAUAUCUCGCCCUUCACAUGAAAGCAUGAUAGACUCUACAAAUCAAAUUUCCAAUACAGAACCAUUUAGUCUGACGACAUCAAAACACCAACCACAUUACUCGGGCCACUCAAAUAACCAUAUGCAAAAUAAUGGUCAGCAAAGCAAUUCGUGGAAUGAUCAAAUAUCUCCUCUGGACUCUAAUUAUCUACCACCAACUGACCUUCCUGUUGACUAUACUGAGUCAACGCAACAACCUGUCACUCAGUACAGUGAUCCUGGUAUUCAAGACACGUUAGGAUUAAAUGUAAAUGGUAGCAGUAAUUUGGAGAAACUACUCGGCCAAAUGAUGCCAUCAAAGGGAACUACCAAAAUCCCUAUAGGAUUUAUUCUUACACAUAAACCUUUCACCGAUAGCAUUGAAAUGCAGAAAAGGUUCCCUUUGUUGUAUGAAAAAGUUAUUAAACCACUAAAUUCGAGAGGAAAAGUAGCAAAGAAUUUUCAAACUAACAAUGAAGUAAAUGUAAAUGGAAACUAUCAGCAGUCCAAUAUGGACAAAAAUGCUGAAACGCACUCAAGGAAUGGUCACAAUUCUAAUCAUAUGGAUAAUGAUGGAAUACCAGAAAGUAAAAUAGUGUACAAUAAUGCGGCUUCCAAACCUCAACAAGGUCCAGCACAAUUUAGCAGAGUUAAGCCUAGUGAACAUAAUAAACAGUCUUCUAAUCAACAUAUUCACCAUCUGAGAGCACAUGGACACCAAAGUAUACAACAGGAGCAUAAGUCCUGGGAACAACAAAGCCAUUCUAGAGGAAUUCAUGAUCAACAACAACAAUCAAAUCAGCAACAACAUUCAAAUCAACAUGCUCAGCAACCAAGUCCCCAAAGUCGACGACAACAAUUUAUGGAAGCAAGUCGUAAUCAACAUCAACAAUUUGAAAGGCGUCAACAAUUUAAUCAACGUGAAAAUCAAGUAUAUCAAAGAACAACAGCAAGUCCAAUAGAACCCACUACACAAAUGUAUACAAAAAAUACAUACCCACCAAUAUUUAACAUGCUAGUUAGAAACUCAAUGCCUCCGACACAGACACCGCAACCGGAAACAAUGCAUCACAAGCAAUCAGAAAAUUUACAACCAUUUUCUAAACACACUGAGGUGACCUACUCAACUAAAACCAUCAACAAUUUAGACACACCAGCAGCAUCUUUCGUCGGACAAAACUCUUUACGGCUUGGAGGCCCUUCCUUCAAUCCUGUUCACGAAAAUGUUAAGUUCGGGAAUCAAAUAUCAGGACCAAUUCUGGACAGCGUACCAGAACUUCAACUUUAUGAAACUAGAGAACCUGUAAUACCAUUUGCAAUGAUCUCUAACAACAAAUCAAAAAUAGCAGAUGGUCAAGUACAACAUUCUCAGAAUAUCCUAAUGGACAAAGACGAAAGGAAUUCAAUGAAAAUGUCCAGCAUCGACCCAUAUUACUCAAAAGAUAUUAUGUCUGGGACCAAAAUAGAAAGAAUAUCGACAUUGACACCAGCAAAGACGGAGGCUACAUAUUCUAUGGUUCCAACUGCACCAACAACAACACCACCGCUGAUUGAAAGGGUGCAACAUGCCUCUCAUAACCGCAAAAGCGUUCAGAGUAACCAUGAAUCAGCCUUCGGUCGAUUUGGUGAUUUGAACCAAUACCGACAGCAAGCAAAUAAUAUGCAAUCUGAUCAAAACGGAAACACUGGACAUCAUAUCCAAGACAGACAUAAGCAAACUAUUCUACAAUCACAAAAUAAUAAUCAACAAGAUCCACUGAGCAAUUUGCCUAACUCGCAUCAGGUUGAUCAAAGAGAGAAUACAGGAAAACGUCUUCUACAAAAUGGGCAUCAUCAAAUUCGAAAAACAAUGCACAUUACAGUAUCUCUGAAGAGUACACAGUCGCCUCCUUCAGCCGUUCUAGGAAUCCAGAGUCAGAGACACUCUUUCGAUUCACAUGGUCAGCAAUCUCCCGCUUCUAAUGCAGCUGAAGGGCAAACAUCUGCACAAGAUAUCACAUCCGAUCAACACCCGAUUAGAAAUUUCCACAGAAUGUCUCACAAUCGAUGGAAUAAUCACAGAUCAAAUUCAGGAUUUGCAAUUAGUCCUAUGAAACGAGUGCACAAUAGCAAGUUAAAUCAGCAAUCCCAUCAAGUGUCAAAAUCUUCAGAGUCAAAUAAUCGCCAUCUUUUGUCUCAAUCACAAGAUAAGGUUGCUUCCUCUGCAGCAAUGAAUCAACAAAACGGUCAAUUCAAAGACCAAGUGGUUCAAACACAUUCUUCGGUCAGAACACAACAUGUUAAUCGCCAUCAAUCUCUGUCCAGUUCUAACCAAGCCGGAAGAAACCAUGUUCAAAACACAAGGGAAAGACAUAAUAACAGAAAUAUCGAUCAACAAAAAAUUGAAGCACCUCUAAAGGAAGAUCCUUUAGCAGAUACAGGAUUUUACAUUUCGUCUCCAAGGAAUCGUGGAACUUCUUCGAAAGGAUCAGCUAAACAUGACAAUAAUGAAAUUAACAAAUCCAUUUCAAAAUCUGAGCCAUCGGUAGAAAAAACACCUGUUCCAGCACCUACACAAGGGUAUCUUAAUUUCAUGGCUGACUUUGGGGGUAUGGAUAGAAUUUUAAAUCAAGGAAAGGGUGCUUUAAUAAACAGAGGGUUGUCUUCGGAAAGAAAUGAACAAAAUCAUAAACCUGAAGGGACAUCCUCCUUAACAAGACAAACUAAUAGGUUGCAAACUAUGCAAAACACGGAAAACAACAACCAACAAAUCUCAGCGUCUCAAAACCUUCCUUCUGUAAAUAGCAGACAACAGACUUUCAGUCGAUUUCAAAGAAGACAAGGUUCAUUUGGAGGUUUCCAGAGAAGAACGAUGAACGUUCCCGCCAAAACCACAACGACAACCACCACCACUGCUGCUCCUGUAGUCCGCCAACAACAAACUUCUCAGACAAGAAACCGUCAGUGCUACCUCCCAAAGGCAGAGGGCCACUGUCGUAGAUAUCAGACGGCUUAUUACUUUGAUGUAACGAGCAAUGAGUGCAAGACAUUUUUGUAUUCGGGAUGUUAUGGCAAUGCCAACCGAUUCAAUACCAGAACCCGCUGCGAGCAGGCUUGUCUGCAAAAUCAAGUGUCUUCAAGCUCAACCAACACAAAUUCUCAGAAGACACAUUCCCAAACAUCAAACUCUCAAACCUCAAAUUCACAUAUACAGAGUGCUCAGACAUCAAAUUCACAGACAAAAGCUUCUCAGACAUCCAUCUGUAGAAUGGCGCAGGACCGGGGAACCUGCCGGAAGUGGACCACUAGAUAUUACUAUGAUCCUAACAUACAGAACUGUCGCUCUUUCUGGUUCGGCGGAUGUGGGGGAAACGAAAAUAAUUUCUCUACAAAGUCGGAAUGUCAGCGGCGAUGUUACGGGUCUUGAUGAAAAAACAAUGUUAAUUCAGACUUUGUGCAAUCAAUUUACAAUCAAUACCCCACUCGGCACACCUCGGUCCUGAUUCGUAACUCUUAUUUGAUGUAGGCAAUGAAAGGAUCCGAGGUUUACCGAUUGUUUUACAUGAUAAAUGGCUGCUUUUGUUUUUGGAUUGUAGUAGAGUAGCCGGAUUCUGGGGAAAUAGGAGAUUUGAUCAUUUGUGUUUGCUACCUCAUAGAAAAAAAUAUUACAUGUGUCAUCAAAUAGCAAGACGUAUCAUGUGAGAGCAACAAUGAGGAGUUUAAUAUACAAUCAAGUACAACUUAAGAUUAAAAAAACUUAUUUAAACAAAUUGAGGAAAAUUGAAUAUGUUUAAUAUAAAAGUUGGUAUGAACCAUUACAUAGGAAUUCACAUUUAUCAGAGACAUGAUACAAGCAAUUUUCAGAAAGUGGUAAUAUUUAUCUAUUUCUCCUAAGUCAUAAUCAGUCACCAUUCAUCUACAUUCUAAAAACCCUUACAAAUGUGUAAAUAACUGAAGAAAAGGUCAGAGGAGGUGUAAGUACUGUCAAUUAAAUGUAAUCAUGUUAAACUGUUAUGUAUUUAUUUCAAAUGACCCUGCAUUUGAUCUUGUCUUGAAGGUGACAAACAACAGAGAAAUACAACUGGAAGUCACAAUAUUUAGGACAAUGAUAUAUCUAGGGCAUAUGUUGAUUGAAGUUUCUCUAGCAUUUUUCCCUAAAAAAAAAAAUCAAUCAUAGUAAUCGAUCUUUUUUAUUAUACAUUCAUCAGUCUCAGAUCAGCAGAUGUUUAAUAUCUUGUUCAAACUAAAUUUCUUUAUAUGUCAAAUAUAUGAUUGAAACACCUGAUUAUACAGCAAAAAUAUUUUUUAAUUCAUGCAAGUGUUGCACAAUUUUUUUUUUAUUGUAUGCAUGCAAAAUCAGAUGUUCAAAUGAUUGUUGUUUUUGCCCUCAUGAUUUAUUUCAGUACAAUCAAGCAGCCUGUUUAGUGAGGACAGGAAUCAUGGGAAAAAAACUUUUACAUGUGUUAUGAUCUUUACUUUCAGGUGAUCUUGUUAGCUUCUAUAAUUUUCUGUACAUAGAACACGAAUGGCAGAUAUUGUAGAUCACUUGUACUUUGUUGAUAAUUUAUUUUAAAACUUUUCAAAUUGUUUUGUUGGUUGAAAAUGUCCUCAAAAUAAAGUGUUUACUAAAAGGGA